AUGAUCUUCUCCAAUAGUGGUAUGUCCCGUGUUCUCUGCGGGCUUGUAUUCAUUCAUUCGGCCCUCGCUUUGGUCGCAAGUCGUCCUGAGAAUGGAGCUUUGCAAAGCCGCUCCAAUGCCAUUUGCUGGUCUAUUAUAGUCACUGAUAGCGACACAUGUGAAACACUGAGUGCCAAAUGUGGAGUCACUUCCAACGAGUUCACGACUUUCAACCCUGCUGUCUCGUGCUCUGCUCUACCUUUCGGACUGCCAGUCUGUUGCUCGACGGGCACCCAAACCCUUCCACCCAAAGGAGCCGAUUCCAUGUGCUACGAUUAUACAGCCCGGGAUCAGCUUACCUGUGACCAAAUUGCUAAAGCAUAUAAUUUCAGCGUGGCUGAUAUCGAAUCAUUCAACAAGGAUGCUUGGGGGUGGAAGGGUUGUGGCGCUAUCCAAGAGGGUAGCAGAAUGUGUCUUAGCUCUGGCUUGCCUCCCAUGCCAGUUGCUCGAGAAGGGUAUGUCUGUGGCCCUCAAAAGCCCGGUACUCUACCACCACUAGAGUGGAGUCAGCUAUCUUCCUUGAACCCAUGUCCAUCGGGCCAAUGUUACUCUGAAAACGGUCAGUGUGGCACGGGUGCGGACUUCUGUGGUUCAUCCACACCAGCUACUCAACAGGUCGCGAUCAGCAGCUCAAAAGCGACGUCGACUCAGAGUGAAACCACCACCUCCAAGUCAUCUACAGCUGAGACUGCCCCAACCAACACCUCACACACUACCAGCAAGGUGACUGUGACAUCCACAUCAUCAGCUUCCGCGACGAGUCAUAAAUCUGACAAGAGGGAGGUCAAUCUUCUCGAUAUCCCAUUGACAUAUUACCACCCGGAAGAAGAGAUGACUGCCACCACUACUUCUAGCAAAUCCUCGACCAAGACCGCGAGUUCUACUUCCGGAACAGGGUCUAUCGAGACCGUUGAGGAUGGCUGGUCACUUGUUAUGUACCCCGAGAAGGACUGUGUGGGUUCCAACUACAUGCUUCUGAGAGGCUACAACAAGAAGCUUUCAGAUAGUGCGUGUUUGGUCAUGCCUGGCUGGGACAUCAACAGCAUUAGUAACGACGUUGAUGUCUCCUGUCGUUGGUGGUCAGAAGGUGGGUUAACUUCCGCACCUUGUAAUGCGACCAAGCUGCAGCAACCCAAUUCUUGGAUCAUGUCAAACGGCCUAUGCACCGUCGUCAGGAACGACGGUUGCGACAAUUACCACGACAUUGGUCAGACUUACGGUGCGCGCGGUGGUGGCCAUUGUCAAAAUCGUUUACCCACGGACCCGGCACCAUUUGGAUCUAUGAACUGUUAUGUCGGAUAG